UCUGGACUGGCUCCUUCCGGGAAAACCGACUGGCGACUUGCAAUAACAUGUCACACCAAACCGGGAUCAAUGCAACAUCAGAACUUAAAGACUUCCUGGCCCAAGCAAGGGGAGGCGCCGUCAGGAUAAUGAAGAUCGUCAUCCAAAAUGAGGAGUUGGUGCUAGAGUCGAGCGGGCAUCCAGCCCAAAGCUGGGACCAGGACUACGACCGGCUCCUCUUACCUCUGCUCGCGCCACAGCGGCCGUGCUACAUCCUCUACCGGCUGGACUCCCAGAACACGCUGGGGCACGAGUGGAUCUUCAUCGCCUGGUCACCCGACCAGUCACCAGUCAGAGAGAAGAUGGUUUACGCUGCCACUCGUGCCACAUUGAAGAAAGAGUUCGGAGGGGGUCACAUCAAGGACGAGCUGUUCGGCACAGUAGAGGAAGACGUGUGCUUCCAGGGGUACCUGCGUCACAUGACCUCCUGCUGCUCUCCGGCGCCCCUCACGGCGGCCGAGCAGGAACUCCAAAGGAUUCGAGUCACAGAGGUGAAGUCCGAAAGGGAGGAGGAUGAGCGGAGACGGAUUGGGAUUCCACGCGCACGAGUUCCAGUGGAGUUCGGCAUAGACAAAAGAGUCUCUCAGGGUCUGGCGUUCCCUUUACAAGAGGAGGCCAAGCGAGCGCUGCGGCAGCUGAAGCAGAAACGCGUCAACUACAUCCAGCUGAGGUUGGACGUGGAGAACGAGACCAUCGAGCUGGUUCACACCAAACCGACGGAGACCCGCGAGCUCCCGUACAGGAUCCCCACGGAUUCGCCCAGAUACCACUUCUUUGUCUUCAAACAUUCCCACCAGGGCGGCGCGCAGGAGGCGCUGGUGUUCAUAUAUUCCAUGCCUGGGUACACGUGCAGUAUAAAAGAGCGGAUGUUGUACUCCAGCUGCAAGAACAGACUUCUCGAGGAAGUGGAGAAAGAUUACCAGCUGGAAGUCACCAAAAAGAUGGAAAUAGACAGCGGCGACGGCCUGACUGAGGACUUCCUGUACGAGGAGGUCCACCCGAUGGAGCACACCUUGAAGCAAGCCUUCACGAAGCCUCGCGGACCGGGGGUCAAGAGGGGCAACAAACGCCUCAUCAAGGGCGCCGGAGAGAACGGCGGGGAAAUUUAAACAUAUAUUUAUGUAUUGAGUUCAACGUAAUCUUUCGGCAAUAGGAGUCCAAACAAAACAUGGAUA